AAUAAAAACUUCCCGUUUGGAAAUCAAGCAGCUCGUGAGAAAGUUUAUGAAACAGCAGAACGAGCGAUCUGACCGAUACCCUCACACACACACACACACACUCUCACACACACAUCAAUGGGGUGUAAUAAACUCCUCCCACUCUUUAUUCACCAAUCACCUCCUUAAACCUGCAAGAAGUCGCCUCUGAUUGGUGCAGACCGGUGUCAGUCGUGCGUCAGGGAGGCGGGAUCAGAGACUAAGGGGCUGACCUGGAGUCUGAUCCAGUCGCUUUUACGCACAGACCGGACAGUCCGCUUUCCACGCACGGAUAACGAGAGUGAGAGCGCGCUGUGGAUAGAGAGAGAGAGAGAGUGGACGGAAAGAAGAGAGGACAAUUAAAGAGGAAGAGGGAAAAGUGUUUCCACCAACUGGGAGAAAAAAGAAGAAAGUGUGUGAGUGUGUGUGUGAACAGGGGGAGAUAGAAGGAGUGUGUGUGUGUGUGCGCCUUCACCACUCUCCACUCUUUACACCACCUCCUCCUCCAUGUCGCUCCCCAGCUCCCCUCCGCUCCUCUCGCCGGGUUCGGGCGCCCCAACUUCGGCCGCGCUCUACCGCACGGCCCCGGACGGGCUCCACACCUCGGUCGCUUCGACCGGCACCUCCAGCCCGGCGCACACCAACUCCCACUCCCACUCCCACUCCCUGUCCCCGUCCCCGCGGCUCACCAGCAGCAUGCUCAGCGCCUUUCUCCCCGGUUUGGGGAACGGCGGCUCCGCUCCGCUUGUGUCCGGAGGCGGCGGCGCCUCUCUGGGACCUCUCGGCGGACUCGGCUCGCUGAGCACAGCCGGCCUGACCCCCGGUUCUCCCGGCAUGGCUCAAACCUCAUCCAGCCCGGGUCUUUGCAGCGAGUGCAAGCUGGUGGAGGUGCACGGCGUGAAGGUGGCGAGCUUCAGCGUGGACGGCCAGGAGCUCAUCUGCCUCCCGCAGGUGUUCGACCUCUUCCUGAAGCACCUGGUGGGCGGGCUGCACACCGUGUACACCAAGCUGAAGAGGCUGGACAUCACGCCGGUGGUGUGCACCGUGGAGCAGGUGCGCGUCCUGCGGGGGCUCGGUGCCAUCCAGCCCGGCGUGAACCGCUGCAAGCUCAUCUCCAGGAAAGACUUCGAGACGCUGUACCAGGACUGCACCAGCGCCAGCUCUCGUCCGGGCCGCCCUCCGAAGCGUUGUUCUGGUGCAGGGAUCCAGGAAAGCCCCAGGCUGCUGCACCCGGGCCUCCCCGGCCUGCUGUCCCCCAACCUGCUGUCACACACCGGCCUGACAGCGGCAGCCAUGGCCGAGCUCCAAAAGCUCCAGAAGAUGAAGAUGAUGAUGAGUCUGCAGAACGGCAACGAGUCGGACAACGACGACUUACACUCCAAUACAGGUGGGAGCGAGUGUUCCUGGGAUAAGGAGCGUCUAACCAGCCCCUCUGCUGGAGCUCACAGCGGAGGACCAGGAGGAGGUGGAGGAGCACCAGUCGGAGUAGCAGCUGGAGGAGAUGGAGGAGGAGGAGGAGGAGGAGGAGGAGGUGCAGCAGGAGGCGGGAGGGGGCCAACCAUCGGAGCUGUCAAUCAACAACAACUCCAGCAGCAACAACAGCUACUGGCUAACAGGUUGGACCUUCCCUUCAUGAUGAUGCCUCACCCUCUGCUGCCCAUGGGGCUCCCACCUGCGUCCGUAGCCAUGGCGAUGUCGCAGAUGAACCACCUCAACACCAUCGCCAACAUGGCGGCCGCAGCCCAGCAGAUACAUACCCACGUACACCGCGCGCCCGUCAUCAAGGAGAGAGUGUGUGACAGUCCCUCUCUCUCUCCGUCUGUUGACGAGGCCAACACUCCUCUGCAGUCACAGCCCAGCAGCUCGGCCUCCAGCUCGCCCGAAAGACUCGGAUUGGUGUCAGCUGAUGCAGAUGUCGCACUGCCCAAUCCCGCUGUACCCAUCAAGAAAAUAACAAAGGACAAAGAAGAGUCUUCGCUAGGUCAAGCCCUGCCUCCCGGCUUCCCGGCUCCGUUCCUAUUCGCUGACGGCCUGUCGUCAGUGGAGACUCUGCUCACCAACAUACAGGGCCUGUUGAAGGUGGCGGUGGAGAACGCCCGGGUUCAGGACAAACAGAUCCAGGCGGAGAAAAGAGAGCUGAAGAUGGAGCUCUAUCGAGAACGAGAGAUGAGGGAGAGCCUGGAACGACAGCUCACCUCCGAACUACAGAGCAGAGCCUCCAUCCAGAAGCGUCUGAAGAAGGAGAAGAAGGCCAAGAGGAAGCUGCAGGAGGCGCUGGAGUUCGAGUCGAAGAGGAGGGAGCGGGUGGAGGACGCUCUCAAACAUUCGUCCUCGUCCUCCCCUUCUCCCGAGCCGCUGCACGCCGCCAACAACAACACCAAGAACGACGCUGCUGUAGCCGAGGAUAAACCUGAGCUUAAUGGAAACCAGCAAGACAACGGCGCUGUACAAGAAUCCCGGGCGUUUCUGAAGACCCCCAUGAUGUUCUAGAAAGAAGGACUCCGCCUCCAGAAGCCCCGCCCACCCCUUCACCUUUAACCCCGCCCCCUUCCCUGCACAGAAGAACUCCACCAGCCCGUUUCCACAGCAACCACGGCUUCCACGGCAGCCAGGAUCACCAUGGCAACGACGACCUCCCCAGGCGGGACCUCCUCCUCUUCAUCUUUGCUACACGCAAAAACGAAAAAACUUUUUGAUGUUGCUAUGAAACAAUGAGACUACUGAGAGCCACACCCCCUCAAUUUGGACUCACCCAGUGGGAUGGAGGGGGGGGAGGCGUCUCUCGACUUCUUCUUUCUUCUUUUUAGACAAACUUCACUCCAUUCAUCCUCUUUUUUCUCUCCCUGCACCGGGAUUUCUCUCAUCCCUCGUUUGUUUCGAGAAAAACUGAAAAAGACACAGAGAGAGUGGACGGACUUCAGCGCGUCGUCACAGAUCAACUUGUUUUUAAAAAACGGUCCAAUGACACGAUGUGAUCCACAACGACUGUUUUCUGAUUGGUUCAGACAAGAACGGUUUGAAGAACAAAAAAAAAAAAAACAGAAAAAAGACGUUCUUAUUUACGAAAGAAAAAAACUUCAAACCACCUCUUGGAUUUUGACACGACUUCAGUCAUUGGCUGCCACCAUCUGAUUGGACGGUAAAUCAGGAGCUCAGGACUGGAGGAAGAAGAAGAAGAAGAGGGGUUUAGAAAAAAGUAGAAAAAUAUCGGAGAGGAAAUAAUAAUAACUUGAGAUUCUGCCUCUCGUGUUUCACUCAGUUUUGUUUUCCGUACAGGGACUGAAAAAAAAAUGCAUGGGAAAACUUCUCUUACGUUGUCAUUUGGCUUAUUUCAUCCUCCUUUACCUCCGAGUCUCUUCUUCCUUUGCUUCAUUCCUCUCUUUUCUUUGCUUCUUCUAUAUCUCCUUUGUGUUGUUCUUCUCUUUCUCUGUAAGGAGGCAUUACUCUGAAAAUGUUGGAUGCAGCUUUUCAAUGUAUGAAGUAUUUUCUAUCACCCUUAACCUGUGAAAUCAGUUUCUCAAAUGAUACAAAAAAAAAAGAAAAAAAAAGACCCUUUUUUUUAUUACAAUGGAGUGAUUUUUAGACACGAUAUUAUAUCCUUAAAAAAAA